AUGGCUUCGACACGUACUUCUUCGCGUACCCAAUCGAGAAGCAAAGGCAUUAUCACUGACAAGUCAAGUAGUCUUGAAGAGACACAUAAUCAGUUCAACCACAAGGCCUCAUGGGACAGUGACCCAAUUCGAGUUUUCCUACAGUUGAUUGCAAAUGAGAUUACUAAAGGAAAUCGCCCAUUCCUAGUCCUUAGCCAUGCAGGGUACAAGUCCUUGGCACCUGAGGAGUGGUGGAACAAGAUUGAAUCGAUAAACAAGAUGUGUGCCAAGUUCAGGAAAAAAAACUUGGAACAUCGUGAGUUGAUGGAAACAGCCUUCAUGGGGGCAUCAGCUACUGGUAAGCACCAUUGGACCCCGGGAGAGAAACUUGUUGAAGCUGCUGACGACUCAUCUGAUUCAGUGCACAGUUUUGGAGCCCAACCAUUUGUUGAUUCGAUACCCGCAGGAGUACAGGACGUGGAUUUAGAUUCUUCACUGGAGCAUGUUCCGAUUGAAAAAGGGAAAAGGAGAAAGGCGCCAUCAAGUAGUGUUUCAAAGUCCAAGAAGGCAACAAGUGGAGCAUCAGUUAUUACGGAAAGCAUGAACAAUCUGACAGAUGUGGUGCGCACGAAGAAUCAGCAGGUUACGGUGAGGCACCUCACAGGCAACGAAUCGUUGUAUACUAUUUCGGAGUGCAUGCAUCGCCUAACGAGUAUUCCAUCCCUGGUUGGUACGCCGUUAUUCCACUUCGCCUCGACACUUAUGGAUAAUGCUGAUUUGCGGGGGGUGAUGAUGUGCCAGCCUGAUGACGACUCCAUCGUAGGGUGGCAUACACAAAAGCAGCUCCAGUGUACUGUGUCAGCGCCUUUUACAAACCUGUUUGGGGCUCACCAGAUGUGA